AUUUUCUAUUUCUACUAUCUCAAACCUUACUCCUACUUUGAUAAGAUUAAUAUACCUGGUCCUAAACCCAAGUUUAUCGUCGGUAAUUUAUGGGAUACCGUUUAUGCUCGUAGGCAUCUAUGUUUAACUGACCAUGUUAAAAAGUAUGGAAAGAUUUUUGGAUUAUACUACGGUCGAAAACCGAUAAUCCACGUAGCCGAUCCUGAUAUUGCUUAUGAAAUUCUAGUUAAACAAUCCGAAAAUUUUAUUAACAGAAUUAAAUUCGGACCAACUUCGAAACAGCCCGUAGGCUUAAUUGAUGCUCGCGACGUGACUUGGAAGCAUGCUCGUGAAAGUCUAACUCCGCUUUUCUCUCCGAAUAAGUUAAAAGCCAUGUCUCACUUCGCUAAUGAAGCUAGUAGCAAUUUGUUAGAGAAAGUUUUACACAAAAUCGAUAACGACGAUGAUACUAUAAACGUGAGGGAACUAUUUUAUAGUACCGCCAUGGAUAUGUCAUUAUCAUCGCUAUUUGGUGUU